GUCCCCCACCCACCUUUGCUACCUAUAGCCCUCUUUCAGACGCAUGCACCCUAAGACGCACACACGCACUAUAUUUGUGAACGCAACUAUGGUUGUCGAUCAUGACUCGCGUCAUCUGAACCCAUCCAAUGUUCUCUGAGCGCAAUGACUCUGACUCCUGCUCCCACAUUUCUCGCCGGCGCCCGACCUCCUCCCCAACUCAAUGCAGUCCGGAGCUCAGAAGCAAGACGCCCAGUACCAAUCUGCCGCAAUUACAUGUUAUCUGGGCGGACGCAAGUUCGAGGCCACCCAGCACACCGACCUGCGAGCAGCCUGACUCAUGCGCGCGCUGACGCGCACGUCCCGUCUUGUCCCGCACCCCCACGAUGUCCGCCGCCGAGGAGCGCCCGCUGCUGCACGACGAGCACCACCAUGAGCACGACGAACACCGGCAUGAGCACGACGACGUCGAGACUACGCAGGAGCAAAAGCGCACGCCACUGCCUAUCCGGCAGCUGGUGAUCGUGUACCUCAUCCAGGCGAGCGAGCCGCUGACGGGGAUGGUCAUCUACCCCUUCAUCGCUCAGCUUGUCUUCGAGACAGGCAUCACGCACGGGAACGAGAAGUCGAUCGGGUACUAUGCAGGCAUCGUGGAAUCCAUGUUUUUCUUCUCCGAGUUCAUGACUUGUCUGCAAUGGGGGAGGCUGUCGGAUUACUAUGGGAGGCGACCGGUCCUGUUGUUCGGACCGCUCGGGCUCGCGCUAUCGAUGUAUGGGUUCGGUCUGUCGAAGACGUUCUGGCAGCUCUGCAUCUUCCGCUUCCUCCAGGGCACGUUCAAUGGCAAUAUAGGAGUUUCGAAGAGCGUCAUGGCUGAGCUCACCGACAGCUCCAACCGCGCGAGAGCUUUCGCGAUGAUGCCCUUGAUGUGGUCUGUCGCCGACACCUUGGCACCACUUAUUGGCGCGCUCAACAACCCCGCGAGCGAGUAUCCUAACGUCUUCGGCGGGAUCAAACUGUUCGAAGAGUUCCCGUACUUCCUUCCGUGCGCGAUUGCGGGAACGCUGUCGCUGUUCGUCUUCAUCUUCGCUCUGUUCGAUUUGAAGGAGACACACCCCGCGAAGAUCCGUUGUUCACUCGAGGAGCAAGCAUCUCGUGAACGAGAGGCUUCCGCGGACGGCUAUGGCACCUUCACCGACGAACCUUCCACCUCAUCGUCCCCGGAACGUGCAAAGGUCCCCCCUCUCAGCACCCUCCUCCGCACGCCCGCCGUCCGCCGCGUGCUGAUCGUCUACGCCUUCCUCUGCUUCUUCGAAAUGGCCCUCGCUUCCCUCCUCCCCAUCAUCCUCUACACCCGCAUCCCCGACGGCGGCCUCGGUCUCUCCUCGCACCAGAUCGGCGUCGUCCUCGCCGCGUGGGGCGCCUACAAUGUGUUCUUCCAGUUCUUUGCGAGCCCUCGCUUGACGGAUCGGUUGGGCGCGUUCAAGAUGCAGGUCAUAACGCAGGGGGCGAUUCCGUUGAUUUUUGUGCUCUUCCCGUUGGAGAAUGCGCUGGCGAGGGCGGCGGGGGGCUUCGGCGGGUCGGUGCAGGCAUUGCUGGUCGUACAUUUGAUGGUUAUGUCACUGAUAUACGUGAGCUACGGUACGAUACACAUGUUCAUCGUCGAGAGCUCGCCGACGAACGACGCCCUCGGUGCCGUCAACGGCCUAGCGCAGACCACCGCGACGCUCAUCAGGACGUUCGCGCCUUGGGCCGCGACGUCGCUCUUCUCUCUAUCGCUUGAGCGCCAGCUGGCGGGAGGCAACCUUGUCUACAUCAUUCUUGGCUUUGUUGCCCUUGGUGGUGCCGCCUCUGCGUUUGUUCUGCUGCCCCGAAGGCUACAUCACGACUAGACGUGCCUUCACCACGACUACCUAUGUCACCCCCUCGAUUAGACGCAUCUUCGACGGUGCCACAAAACUCUGUACUGCUCGGCAGAACGGAACUGUCCAUACGACGUCGAAAUUGUUGUUGUAUGUUCAAAUUGCCACGAUCUUUACGACUCUUCCUACCAAGCUCCUGCCGUC